CAGCGGCGAAAUGUAUUCCGUCGGGUGCUUCCUUAUACUCUUUAUUAUUACUAUAAGUGAGCCAAAAUCCCUACUGAAAACUUCUGAUAAAUGUCGGGCUCUUUUGGGCGAUGAUUUAAUAAACGAGAUAUCAUCUUACCAAAAUAUAAAGGAAGAUAUAUUCAAAUAUGUACUGGAAGGAGAGUUUAAAAGUAAAACUUAUGAUGAACUCGAGAAAUUUGUCGACAAGUUUGGUUCUCGGAUGUCGGGGUCGCAGGUGUUGGAAGAUUCUAUUGAUUAUAUGAUCAAGCUGACCCAGGAUGAGGAUUUGAAUGAUAUAGUUACUGAGGAGCUGGAGGUUCCUCAUUGGGUUAGAGAACAAGAAAAAAUUACUAUGUUGGAACCCAGGUCAAAGAAUAUUGCAGUAUUAGGUCUUGGUAGAAGCAUAAGCACUCCACCCGAAGGUGUAACAUCUGACGUUGUCGUAUUUUCCAGCUUCGAAGAGUUUGAUAAUGCUCCUAUUGAAGAUGUCGAAGGAAAAAUAGUUCUGUUUAAUGCAAUCUAUACCACAUAUGGCGCAACAGCGUCAUAUAGAACGCAAGGAGCUGCAAGGGCAGCUGAAAAGGGAGCUGUUGCAUCAUUAGUUAGAUCGAUAACCCCUUUUUCCAUUAAUUCACCCCAUACUGGUUCACAGUAUUAUUCAGAAAAUGUCACCAAAAUCCCGACCGCGGCCAUUACGUUAGAAGACGCAGAUUUGAUAAAUAGAUUUUAUAACAGAGGCGAGAAAGUUGUACUCAAUAUAAAAAUGCAAAGCUCCUUUGAGACUAAAACAUCUCGGAAUACUCUUAUAGACUUAAAAGGAACUAAGAACCCAGAAAAGCUUGUAAUUGUUUCGGGUCACAUUGAUAGUUGGGAUGUAGGCCAGGGUGCCAUGGAUGACGGUGGUGGCCUCUUUGUUAGUUGGGCUGCUCCUAUUAUUUUGAAAAGAUUGAAUUUAAGACCUAAAAGAACGGUUAGAGCUAUAUUUUGGACAGCUGAAGAAUUGGGAUUAAUAGGUGCUUCUGCCUAUGCCGAGAAACAUAAAAACGAGAGCCACAAUAUAAACUUUAUUAUGGAGUCUGAUGAAGGAACAUUUGCGCCACGAGGGCUUUCUGUGGCUGGAACUCAAGAGGCUCGUUGCAUCAUUGCUGAAAUUUUAAAAUUAUUUGAAUCUAUAAAUGCUUCUACUCUCGUUGAAACUGAUAGUCCUGGGUCUGAUAUAACUGUGAUAGUAAAAGAGGGAGUCCCAGGAGCCAGUCUCCACAAUGCAAAUGAAAACUACUUUUGGUUUCAUCAUACAGAAGGCGAUACAAUGAAUGUCGAAAACCCUGAAGAACUUGAUUUAUGUACAGCAUUUUGGACUGCGGUUGCCUACAUUAUAGCUGAUAUUUCUGUUGAUAUACCCCGAUAAAAAUUAUAAAGUAUCUUGUUACUAAACAUAUUGUCAAAAUAGAUUAGUUUUUUUUAGUUAAGCCUAUUAUGACCAAAAACUAAUAUCAUGUCUCUCAUGACGAGCCUUCACGACAUACGUAACUGAAAUAUUAGGUGAAGUACUGUUAGUUAUCAAUCUUUUACGGAAAUUUUGUCCAUGUCACGAUUAAGAUAAUGGGAUUCUGAUAUAUUUAUUAAAAUUAAAUAAAUUAAUAAUUGGAAAGUCAGUAACGAGAAACGGAAGGCGUUACAAUGAAUAUCGAAAACCCUGAAGAACUUGAUUUAUGUACAGCAUUUUGGACUGCGGUUGCAUACAUUAUAGCUGAUAUUUCUGUUGAUAUAGCUCGAUAAAAAUGAUUUAAUGACUUGUGUUUAAAUGUCUACUGUCAAAAUUAGAUAUUAAUUUAUAUUUUUUAUUAACUUAGCCCAUUUUGACGAAUAAUCUAACUGCAUUCCUAGAAUAUGAAUAAUAUCAUGAACAUAAAACUCAGUUAUCACGUACAAUAUUUCAAAGUGCCAUUUUUCAUAACUUGUUCACUUAAAGUGUUCCAGUUACUUUGUAGGAUAAAGUUAUGAUGUAUCAAUUUCAUAUCUUGGCGCAGCUGCUCGAUAGUUAGUGCAAAACUCUGCCUUAUAAUAUAUAAUUGAGAGCUAAAUCGAUAUGUACACAUUAUUUUACUUAAUCUUAUAUUAGGCAAUUGCAAAACACAAAAGUCCCUUAUUUUUAAACUAGUAAGUGGACAUAUUUAUCGUUAAAACGCCUAUCGACAACGUAACUUUUUUACAAAAUUCUAAAGCUGUUAUAUGUAAUAUGUAUAUGAAAGUUUAAAAAAAGGCAAACAUUUGAAACGUUGUUUUGUAUAGUAAAGAAAAUUCAGUAUGAAAAUUUCUAUGAGGCGCUGUGUAUAGAUAAGUAUUCGUAUAAGUGUAAGAGUGUUAAGAGAGAGAGACUAACUCCUGCAGCUGAGUUUCAGUAUCUGACGUCAAGGUAUAAUACAAAAUACCACCCAUAUCACCAAGACGUUCGUCGUUCCACAAGUAUUGAGCUUUUCUUAAAGCAGUUUUAGCCGCGCUACCAAUAUGUGAAACCAUAUGUAUUUCCAAACCCAUUCGACUUAUGGAACAUAAGUUCAAGAAAACAGCAUACCAACUCUAAAAGGCCGGCCUCACACUUGCGAUCUUCCUGGCGAUGUGAGUGUACAGAUGAUCAGCGGUAAUACUUUACCUCGGGUAAACCUUAUACCUCCUAGUACAAAAGAAAAAAUAUAUCAAGGAUAAAAACAUAAAAG